GGCAACAAGACCAAAACUAGCGCUCAAACGAGCUGCGAUUGUGGGGGAUAUCUCUGUCGUGCUGCCCUAAUCAUUGAAACUUUCGCGGACCACAGUUUCCGUCAGUUCACUUGUUCGUGUCGGCGCUGCGCGUUUUCUCUCUGCGGUCAGGCUCCGAGGUAAGCCGCGCAUCGGUUGACUAAUUCCAGUCGGCGAAAAUGUUGCCUGGGAAGACUUCAACUUGUGCCGUCGCAAGCGUGGUGUUUACAUUUUGCGUCGCCUAAUCAUUCAUUUCUCCGCACCAUCUACGGGCUGCUCGUCGCAAGGAGGUUGCGGUCAAUGUGGGUCCACGGCUGACGCUGCCUGCCGAUAUGGCUCCCAAAUCUCGGAAAAUUGCCAUUAUGGGCUUCCGAUCCGUCGGAAAGUCGUCGCUGACGAUACAGUUCGUGGAGAACCAGUUCGUGGACUCGUACGACCCCACGAUUGAAAACACAUUUCACAAGACCGUCAAACUCAAGGGCCAAGAGUACAACCUCAAGCUCGUAGACACUGCGGGACAGGAUGAGUACUCCAUAUUUCCUCAGUCUUACUCCAUGGACAUCCAUGGCUACGUGUUGGUCUACUCGAUCAAUUCUGCAAAAAGUUUUGAGGUGGUCAGGGCACUAUACGAGAAGCUCCUGGACAUGACCGGAAAAGUCCAUGUCCCCAUUGUUCUUGUUGGCAACAAGGUAGACCUGAGGGUUGAAAGGGUUGUCAGCUAUGAAGAGGGGAGGCAAGCUGCUGAAUACAUGAAAGCAGCAUUUUUAGAGGCCUCAGCAAAGCAGAAUCAGAGUGUGUUUGAGAUCUUCAGCACCAUGAUACAACAGAUCGACAGGGCCGAUGGCAAUGUGCCCGAGAAGCAAUCCUGUGUUGUCUCCUAAUGGCUUACCUUGGCGGAGCUGUUCUCCGUCUGUCUCCAUUCAGGGACUGCUUGGAAGUGUUUGGGCAGUGGACAGAAUAAAGAAGCCCACUGCUUUUGCUUUUAAAGCUGCUGUGGGAUAGCUUUGUGCUGUGCCUAUCGAGAGGGUGUGCUGCUGCUGCCGAGAACGUUUGUCUGUUGUCGCGGCUGUAGAAGAAAGAGCGGCUACACGGUGUUUGUGAGUAAUGUGUGCAACCUACAGUGCUCGAUUUACACUUGCUUCCUUUUUUUUUUUUUCUCUCUAUCUUUUGCCAGCCGUGCAUCAAACUUGGCGAGUGUUUGUAGGGCUGCAGGUGUGCACUUGCCAGGAAUGCUGAGGCUUUUCUGUCUAUAAAUUUGCUUAGUAGGCAUCAAGUGCUGUGGUAGUAGGAAAGCAUUUUGAUUGAAGUCUGUUAUACGCACAAAAUCUGCUCUUGGGUUCUCUUUGUACAAUAUGCAGUGCUGUCUUGACAUGUCCUGUCCUGUCUUUCUUUUUUUUUUGAAUGACUUGUUUAUUUGGAUGUCCUUAAUGGAGCUUCGUUGCUCUGUGACAUGCCUUGUGAGGGGCAGUGUUGUUUUAAUGCCUCAAGCUGCGUCAAGACGCACUCCCACUUUCGUUCUCGCAAUUACCAUUUCUCGUUGUGAGAAAUAUGUAAAAAUUGUACUUACUCCAUUCUUCUCUCGAGAUUUGUAUACACAAAACUGCAUGACCGUGAGCUUUUAUUAUCAUUACUAUAAGGGGGCUUAGCCAGUUAGCGAUGACUGGGAUGUGUAAAUGACAUAAAAAAAAAGUGACAGUUGUACUGCCGAAUCUGCAGAUCGCAAUAAAACUGUGAUACAGAGAA